UGGAAGACGCCCGGAUAGUAAUUCUGAACAACCUCGAGGAACUUGAACAAAAAAUCAAAGAUAUAAAUGACCAAAUGGAUGAAUCUUCCAGAGAGUUGGAUAUGGAAUGUGCUCUUUUGGAUGGAGAACAGAAAUCUGAAACAACUGAACUUAUGAAGGAGAAGGAGAUUUUGGAUCAUCUAAACCGGAAAAUAGCAGAACUGGAAAAGAACAUAGUUGGUGAAAAGACUAAGGAUGCCGAUCUGUUGGAUGUUGAAAGCAAACACUUUGAGGACCUGGAAUUCCAACAGCUGGAACAUGAGAGCCGUUUGGAUGAGGAAAAGGAGAACUUGACCCAACAGCUCCUGCGUGAAGUGGCUGAAUAUCAAAGGAACAUUGUGACUAGAAAGGAAAAAAUUUCUGCAUUAAAAAAGCAAGCCAAUCACAUUGUUCAGCAGGCUCAGAGAGAACAAGAUCAUUUUGUGAAAGAAAAGAAUAAUUUAAUAAUGAUGCUACAAAGAGAAAAGGAGAAUCUUUGUAAUUUGGAAAAGAAAUACUCCAGCCUCUCUGGGGGAAAAGGGUUUCCUGUUAGCCCCAAUACUCUAAAAGAGUUCCCUGCUGCUGCUGAUGCUGUUGCCACUGAGCCUGCCACCGCUGGGCUGGUGAGCCAGUCACAAAGUAAAGAGCAAAGAUCACCUGUCUGUUCUGGAUUUAUGUUUCCUUCCACCCUUUCUUCUCAUCCUAUCACUCAACCUCCAUCAGCCCCUUGGCCCGAAGUCAUGGCUACAUCUGUUGAUCCCUUCCCUUUAAAUGACACUCCUCCUCCUCUACCAGCUAAGAAACACAGAAGGCAGCAGCAGCAGGAGCAACAGCACUUUAGAAGUCUGGAAGAAAGGAAAAAACAGCAUAAAGAAGGCCUCUAUCUGAGUGACACUUUGCCUCGAAAGAAAACUACACCUUCCAUCUCCCCACAUUUCAGCAGUGCUACUAUGGGGAGAAGCACCGCCCCAAAGGCUCACCUGCCCCUAGGACAGAGCAACAGCUGUGGCAGUGUGCUCCCUCACUCGCUGGCAACCAUGACCAAAGACUCAGAAUCCCGGAGGAUGCUCAGAGGUUAUAAUCACCAACAGAUGAGUGAAGGACAUAGGCAGAAAUCUGAAUUUUACAACCGCACAGCAUCUGAAUCAAAUGUCUACUUGAACAGUUUCCAUUAUCCAGAUCACAGCUACAAGGACCAGGCUUUUGAUACUUUGAGCCUAGACAGCUCCGAUAGCAUGGAGACCAGCAUCUCUGCUUGUUCACCCGACAAUAUCUCCAGUGCCAGCACUUCAAAUAUUGCCAGAAUAGAAGAAAUGGAGAGACUUUUGAAGCAGGCUCAUGCAGAGAAGACUCGGCUUCUUGAAUCCAGGGAACGAGAAAUGGAAGCCAAAAAACGAGCUCUGGAAGAAGAAAAACGACGCCGAGAACUCCUGGAAAAACGAUUGCAGGAAGAAACCAGCCAGAGGCAGAAGUUAAUAGAGAAGGAAGUAAAAAUAAGGGAGAAGCAGAGAGCACAGGCUCGUCCUCUGACACGCUAUCUGCCUGUCCGGAAGGAAGACUUUGAUUUGCGGAGCCAUGUAGAGACUGCUGGCCACAAUGUCGACACCUGUUAUCAUGUAUCAAUCACAGAGAAGACCUGCCGAGGAUUCCUCAUCAAAAUGGGUGGAAAAAUUAAAACGUGGAAAAAACGUUGGUUUGUUUUUGAUCGGAACAAGCGAACAUUCUCUUAUUAUGCAGACAAGCAUGAAACUAAAUUAAAAGGAAUAAUAUACUUUCAAGCCAUUGAAGAAGUGUAUUAUGAUCACCUGAAGAAUGCUAAUAAGAGCCCUAAUCCAUUACUCACCUUUAGUGUCAAGACACAUGACAGAAUCUAUUAUAUGGUGGCCCCAUCUCCAGAAGCCAUGCGGAUCUGGAUGGAUGUGAUCGUUACUGGGGCAGAAGGUUACACUCACUUCUUGUUGUAGUGAACUGGGACGACAGUCCACUUCAGGGCAGACUGCAAUAAUCUCUAACAAGAAUGAAGCCAUAUUCGAUCCUAGAUGGAAAGACCCAGCAGACCCAUCCCUUUAACUGUAUCCUCUCAGAACUCCUUUGACAUUAAGGAGAAAUCAUUUGUAAAAAAGAAAGUAGCUUUAAUUCAAAGCUUGAUCAUAAAUAGCAAAAGAAUUAAAGCACCUAUGAGAAAGAAAUCACUAUUUUGAUAAAUAGCAUCACUUAUAGAAACAAUUCUUAUAAACUAUUUUUUAUCAAUUGUUGGUUUUGAUGAAAUAAACUAAACAGUUUAUAAAAUGUCUGUA